UUCGAUGAGGAGAUCAAAAUGGUUACGAAUAUUGUGCGACAAUUGAAUUUAGGCCGAAACGCCGGUUCGGUCACCGUUUUAGUCAACUCUCAAAUGCAGAAUAACAUCGAUUUGGUCGAUGACAACAGCGUUCAGAUCACUACACCCAUGUAUGCCAUCGCAUACAACACCACGUCCUCCCAGUGCGCCUCAUGUCGUACCGCGUGGUUUGAUAACUCUCAAACCAAGAUAUCCGACCGACCACUGCUCAUGGAGUUAAUCAAUAAGACACUCAUGGAGUUUGACGCGCCCUCCGAAUCACUGGCAGGCAUUCCCUCCAAAAACUUCAUUUGGUUCGACUUCGGGAGCCUAAGGCCGGCGCCCACUGACAGGAAAAGCAAACGCCGGUACGAAGACUUCAAGUGGCGGCUCCGGUACGAGCACCGGGAUGUCAACGUAUUCAUUGCCACUCUUAAUAAAGAGGACUUUAAGGACCUGUUAAGUAGGGAUGAGAAUUGGAUUCAAAUGGGAAUGGGAUCAGAUUCAGCAGACAUGGAGUCCGUUGAUUUGAUGAAUAAAAUAACACAAACACCGCAAGUGUUUCAAUACGGAGACUGUCGGCGCCAGAAGUCUAGCAAUGAGAUCUAUGAGGGGUACCUCACACCAGGGUAUAAACAGUACUGGGUUAUGUAUCCCCGACACUUCAUCAAGAGUUAUUCCAUAGACCUCCGAUUCAAAGCGGAGAAGACUCGGCUCAGGGUAUGUGUCGAUCGGUUCCCAAUCCCCGAGAAUAAUGAGAAGCAUUGCAAUGAGGCUCAAGAGGAUGGCGGCGAAGUGAAGUUCACGAUCACCGACCCCUGUAGGGGCAAGAGUUUUGAGUCCUGUCCCGGCAUUCACGUCUCGAUUGGACUCAGCCCGCAGGCAAUCAAAGCCGUCAGCGCCGGUAGUGUUUGUAAAGGGGCCGCAAUCGCCACCCUAUUUGCCCGUAGCGGCGCUCGGGUAGUCAUAGCCGACGUGAACCCCAAUAGUAUGCGAGAUGUGGCCUUCGAGUGCGCCCGCGUAUCGCCCGGUGCUCUCAAGCCGUUGCAAGUGGUGGUAGACCUGCGCCGGGAUGUGGACAUGGAGAGACUCAUCCAAACCACUAUCACCGAGUUUGGCAAGUUAGACAUCCUGGUCAAUAAUGUGGGUUUGUGUUACAGUUCUCAUAUUGACGAUGAUGAUUAUAUCGAAAAGCAGCGUGCUACAUUUGAGCUAAAUGUGCAACCAAUGAUCCAGCUUACUCAAUUAUCGGUCGACCAUUUGUCGCGUACUAAGGGCUCCAUCAUUAAUAUAUCGAGCAUUUCCGGUGUUAAACCAGCCAUGGUCAUUAUGUUCACCAAGUGUAUGGCGGUCGAGUUGGGUGGUAAGGGUAUCAGGGUCAAUUCAGUAUGCCCUGGGUACACUCGCACGGAGGGGGCCAAUAAUGCAACAGGGUUAACUGGGGAGGCUCUUAACGGCUAUUACAAUGAGGUGGCAAAAAGGCAAUACCCGAUAGGCCGUGUAGGUGAGCCCAUGGACCAGGCUAACGCAGUGGCUUAUUUAGCCAGUUCAAAUGCCAAUUUUAUGACCGGUACCAUUUUAAAUGUUGAUGGUGGCUAUUUGGCUAACAAAUGAACAUGCC